AGGGAGCGUCGCGAGAUUAGCACAUUCACGGACUCACAUUUUUUGCUCACUACAGUGACAAUUGCUGAACUGUUUCGGCUAAAAUAAAUAACAAGAAUAAAUUUUCUUUUCUCGAGAACGCCUUCCUGUUGAAGCUUGGUAGUGUACGAGAGUCGCCCCCUCUUAAUUCCGAAGGAGCAGGUUGAUAUGUCAGACCUCUCUCCAGAGGAGCAGUGGAGGGUCGAGCAUGCACGUAUGCAUGCCAAACAUCGUGGCCAUGAAGCCAUGCAUGCCGAAAUGGUCCUCAUCCUCAUUGCUACCUUGGUGGUAGCCCAGCUGCUCCUGGUACAGUGGAAACAGAGGCACCCCCGUUCUUACAACAUGGUGACCCUCUUUCAGAUGUGGGUUGUUCCCCUCUAUUUCACAGUGAAGCUGCACUGGUGGAGGUUCUUGGUGAUCUGGGUCUUCUUCUCUGCUGUCACGGCCUUUGUCACCUUCAGAGCCACACGGAAACCUCUCGUACAAACAACACCAAGGUUGGUUUAUAAGUGGUUCCUCCUAAUCUAUAAGAUCAGCUACGCCACUGGCAUUGUUGGCUACAUGGCUGUCAUGUUUACCCUCUUUGGUCUUAACUUAUUAUUCAAGAUUAAACCAGAAGAUGCGAUGGACUUCGGCAUUUCUCUUCUCUUCUAUGGCCUCUACUAUGGUGUUCUUGAGCGGGACUUUGCAGAAAUGUGUGCAGACUAUAUGGCUUCUACCAUAGGGUUCUACAGCGAGUCGGGCAUGCCCACCAAACACCUCUCCGACAGCGUGUGUGCCGUGUGUGGGCAGCAGAUCUUCGUGGAUGUCAAUGAAGAGGGCAUCAUCGAGAACACGUACAGGCUCUCCUGCAAUCACGUAUUCCAUGAGUUCUGUAUCCGAGGCUGGUGCAUCGUGGGAAAGAAACAGACGUGUCCUUACUGCAAGGAGAAGGUGGACCUGAGGAGGAUGUUCAGCAAUCCCUGGGAGAGGCCUCAUGUCAUGUAUGGACAACUGCUGGACUGGCUUCGCUACUUGGUGGCCUGGCAGCCUGUCAUCAUUGGCCUGGUUCAAGGCAUCAGCUACAUUCUGGGCCUAGAGUAAACAGCAGCUGCACCAUUGG